UCGAGAACGCCUCGUCCAGCCCGUCCUCCAGCUCCUGCCACACAGAACACACACAGGCACGGGUCAAAGGUCACGCUCACGUCUCAACAGGCAUGGGUUAAAGGUCACGCUCACGUCUCAACAGGCAUGGGUCAAAGGUCACGCUCACGUCUCAACAGGCGAUGGGUCAAAGGUCACGCUCACGUCUCAACAGGCGAUGGGUUAAAGGUCACGCUCACGUCUCAACAGGCAUGGGUCAAAGGUCACGCUCACGUCUCAACAGACGAUGGGUUAAAGGUCACGCUCACGUCUCUACAGGCGAUGGGUUAAAGGUCACGCUCACGUCUCAACAGACGAUGGGUCAAAGGUCACGCUCACGUCUCAACAGGCAUGGGUCAAAGGUCACGCUCACGUCUCAACAGGCAUGGGUUAAAGGUCACGCUCACGUCUCAACAGGCAUGGGUCAAAGGUCACGCUCACGUCUCAACAGGCGAUGGGUUAAAGGUCACGCUCACGUCUCAACAGACGAUGGGUCAAAGGUCACGCUCACGUCUCUACAGGCGAUGGGUUAAAGGUCACGCUCACGUCUCUACAGGCGAUGGGUUAAAGGUCACGCUCACGUCUCUACAGGCGAUGGGUCAAAGGUCACGCUCACGUCUCUACAGGCGAUGGGUCAAAGGUCACGCUCACGUCUCAACAGGCAUGGGUCAAAGGUCACGCUCACGUCUCUACAGGCGAUGGGUUAAAGGUCACGCUCACGUCUCAACAGACGAUGGGUCAAAGGUCACGCUCACGUCUCUACAGGCGAUGGGUUAAAGGUCACGCUCACGUCUCAACAGGCAUGGGUCAAAGGUCACGCUCACGUCUCAACAGGCAUGGGUCAAAGGUCACGCUCACGUCUCAACAGGCAUGGGUCAAAGGUCACGCUCACGUCUCAACAGGCAUGGGUCAAAGGUCACGCUCACGUCUCUACAGGCGAUGGGUUAAAGGUCACGCUCACGUCUCAACAGACGAUGGGUCAAAGGUCACGCUCACGUCUCAACAGGCAUGGGUCAAAGGUCACGCUCACGUCUCAACAGGCAUGGGUCAAAGGUCACGCUCACGUCUCAACAGGCAUGGGUUAAAGGUCACGCUCACGUCUCAACAGGCAUGGGUUAAAGGUCACGCUCACGUCUCAACAGGCAUGGGUCAAAGGUCACGCUCACGUCUCAACAGGCAUGGGUCAAAGGUCACGCUCACGUCUCAACAGGCAUGGGUCAAAGGUCACGCUCGCGUCUCUACAGGCAUGGGUCAAAGGUCACGCUCACGUCUCAACAGACGAUGGGUUAAAGGUCACGCUCACGUCUCUACAGGCAUGGGUCAAAGGUCACGCUCACGUCUCAACAGACGAUGGGUUAAAGGUCACGCUCACGUCUCAACAGGCAUGGGUCAAAGGUCACGCUCACGUCUCAACAGGCAUGGGUUAAAGGUCACGCUCACGUCUCAACAGGCAUGGGUUAAAGGUCACGCUCACGUCUCAAUAGGCGAUGGGUCAAAGGUCACGCUCACGUCUCUACAGGCAUGGGUCAAAGGUCACGCUCACGUCUCAACAGGCGAUGGGUUAAAGGUCACGCUCACGUCUCUACAGGCAUGGGUCAAAGGUCACGCUCACGUCUCAACAGGCAUGGGUCAAAGGUCACGCUCACGUCUCAACAGACGAUGGGUUAAAGGUCACGCUCACGUCUCUACAGGCAUGGGUCAAAGGUCACGCUCACGUCUCAACAGGCGAUGGGUUAAAGGUCACGCUCACGUCUCAAUAGGCGAUGGGUCAAAGGUCACGCUCACGUCUCUACAGGCAUGGGUCAAAGGUCACGCUCACGUCUCAACAGGCGAAGGGUCAAAGGUCACGCUCACGUCUCAACAGACGAUGGGUUAAAGGUCACGCUCACGUCUCUACAGGCAUGGGUCAAAGGUCACGCUCACGUCUCAACAGGCGAUGGGUUAAAGGUCACGCUCACGUCUCUACAGGCAUGGGUCAAAGGUCACGCUCACGUCUCAACAGGCGAAGGGUUAAAGGUCACGCUCACGUCUCAAUAGGCGAUGGGUCAAAGGUCACGCUCACGUCUCUACAGGCAUGGGUCAAAGGUCACGCUCACGUCUCAACAGGCGAUGGGUUAAAGGUCACGCUCACGUCUCUACAGGCAUGGGUCAAAGGUCACGCUCACGUCUCAACAGGCGAAGGGUCAAAGGUCACGCUCACGUCUCAACAGACGAUGGGUUAAAGGUCACGCUCACGUCUCAACAGGCGAAGGGUCAAAGGUCACGCUCACGUCUCAACAGACGAUGGGUUAAAGGUCACGCUCACGUCUCAACAGGCGAUGGGUUAAAGGUCACGCUCACGUCUCAACAGGCGAUGGGUUAAAGGUCACGCUCACGUCUCAACAGGUGAUGGGUUAAAGGUCACGCUCGCGUCUCAACAGGCAUGGGUCAAAGGUCACGCUCACGUCUCAACAGGCGAUGGGUCAAAGGUCACGCUCACGUCUCUACAGGCGAUGGGUUAAAGGUCACGCUCACGUUUCAACAGGCAUGGGUCAAAGGUCACGCUCACGUCUCAACAGACGAUGGGUUAAAGGUCACGCUCACGUCUCUACAGGCAUGGGUCAAAGGUCACGCUCACGUCUCAACAGGCGAAGGGUCAAAGGUCACGCUCACGUCUCAACAGACGAUGGGUUAAAGGUCACGCUCACGUCUCAACAGGCAUGGGUUAAAGGUCACGCUCACGUCUCAACAGGCGAUGGGUUAAAGGUCACGCUCGCGUCUCAACAGGCAUGGGUCAAAGGUCACGCUCACGUCUCAACAGGCGAUGGGUCAAAGGUCACGCUCACGUCUCUACAGGCGAUGGGUUAAAGGUCACGCUCACGUCUCAACAGGCAUGGGUCAAAGGUCACGCUCACGUCUCAACAGACGAUGGGUUAAAGGUCACGCUCACGUCUCUACAGGCAUGGGUCAAAGGUCACGCUCACGUCUCAACAGACGAUGGGUUAAAGGUCACGCUCACGUCUCAACAGGCGAAGGGUCAAAGGUCACGCUCACGUCUCAACAGACGAUGGGUUAAAGGUCACGCUCACGUCUCAACAGGCAUGGGUCAAAGGUCACGCUCACGUCUCAACAGGCGAUGGUUAAAGGUCACGCUCACGUCUCAACAGGCGAUGGUUAAAGGUCACACUCACGUCUCAACAGGCGACGGUUAAAGGUCACGCUCACGUCUCAACAGGCAUGGGUCAAAGGUCACGCUCACGUCUCAACAGGCGAUGGUUAAAGGUCACGCUCACGUCUCUACAGGUGAUGGGUUAAAGGUCACGCUCACGUCUCAACAGGCGAAGGGUCAAAGGUCACGCUCACGUCUCAACAGACGAUGGGUUAAAGGUCACGCUCACGUCUCAACAGGCGAUGGGUUAAAGGUCACGCUCACGUCUCAACAGGCGAUGGGUUAAAGGUCACACUCACGUCUCAACAGGCGAAGGGUCAAAGGUCACGCUCACGUCUCAACAGACGAUGGGUCAAAGGUCACGCUCACGUCUCAACAGGCGAUGGGUUAAAGGUCACACUCACGUCUCAACAGGCGAAGGGUCAAAGGUCACGCUCACGUCUCUACAGGUGAUGGGUUAAAGGUCACGCUCACGUCUCAACAGGCAUGGGUCAAAGGUCACGCUCACGUCUCAACAGGCGAUGGUCAAAGGUCACGCUCACGUCUCAACAGGCGAUGGUUAAAGGUCACGCUCACGUCUCUACAGGUGAUGGGUUAAAGGUCACGCUCACGUCUCAACAGGCGAUGGGUUAAAGGUCACGCUCACGUCUCUACAGGUGAUGGGUUAAAGGUCACGCUCACGUCUCAACAGGCGAUGGGUUAAAGGUCACGCUCACGUCUCAACAGGCGAUGGUUAAAGGUCACGCUCACGUCUCUACAGGUGAUGGGUUAAAGGUCACGCUCACGUCUCAACAGACGAUGGGUUAAAGGUCACGCUCACGUCUCUACAGGCAUGGGUCAAAGGUCACGCUCACGUCUCAACAGGCGAUGAGUCAAAGGUCACGCUCACGUCUCAACAGGCGAUGGUUAAAGGUCACGCUCACGUCUCUACAGGUGAUGGGUUAAAGGUCACGCUCACGUCUCAACAGGCGAUGAGUCAAAGGUCACGCUCACGUCUCAACAGGCGAUGGUUAAAGGUCACGCUCACGUCUCAACAGGCGAUGGGUCAAAGGUCACGCUCACGUCUCAACAGGCGAUGGUUAAAGGUCACGCUGACGUCUCGACAGGCGAUGGGUGCACGGCGCUUAUUCAUUCACUUUAAUACGUCAACAAUACUUUUCCUCACACACUUUCCUCUGGCCUCACGUGGAGGUUUACCUCGACCCUCUCCAACCAUUGGAUACGGUUCUGUUACCGUCUAACCACCGGUACGGCAAACUACCGAGCCCUCCGGCUCCUUAACCGGCGUGUCCUGCGCGGCUCUCUUGUCCUCACGUGUCACUCACUGGCCCGCCCGUCUCUUG